AUUCAGGCGAAUGCUGUGCUGUUUGCCGAAAUGUUUCCUGAGAGGAUUAGCAAAGUAUCCAGUUUGUCUUGGCGAAGAAGUACUUCUCCUGUUUGAUAAACCACACGCAACACAACCUCUUGAAUAUGUAAAAUUCGACUCCAUCGACUUUUGUUAGAAGACUAUUACCGAAGAAUUUCGUUCGAUGAAAACUAAAGCCAAGGAUCAUUUAGAAUUAUAUUAUAUUAGAAAUCAAUCAAAAUGUUGUUAGACGUGACUGAUAAACAGAAAAAGCAUGUUCUAUAUUUUCUGGCAGCAGCUGCUGUUGUCAUCUUGUAUGUCACAGGACCAAAAAUCUCCUUGCAAUCCUUGUCUUUGGGAGUUUUAGUUUUCAUUGUAACCGGAGGCAGGUACAAAUGGCUGUAUAUUUUGUACAGGACGAUACCCAGGGAUCUGAUGGCUGGACACAGAUUCCUGAUGCUCAAUUUGCUGUUGAAGAAAUGGGAAUAUAGAAAUAUGACUAUAGUUAAAAUUUUUAGCGAAGUCGUUGAUCAACAACCUGAUAAAAUUGCUUUUCAAUUUGAGAAUGAAAAGUGGACUUUCAAACAGGUUGAGGAGUAUAGUAAUCAAAUAGCAGCAUAUUUUAAACGUGAAGGCUUCAAACGAGGAGAUGCAAUUGCUUUAUAUAUGGAAACCAGACCAGAAUUUGUUUGUUUAUGGUUAGGUCUGGCUAAAGUUGGCUUGGUUACUGCUCUGAUAAAUAAUAAUUUGAGAAAGGAAGUAUUGGUUCAUUCUAUUAACGCUGCUAACUGCAAAGGAAUCAUUGUUGGAACAGAACUUGUUGAAGCUUUGAAAGAUGUUACUGGUGCUCCAGAAGUUGCCAACUUGCCUGUAUACCAAUUCAGAGAUGCUGCACAAGAGUCCAUUAGUGUGCAACCAGGUUGGAAAGACCUCAGGGGCAACUUAGUAGGCAUGCUGAAAGGCAGAAUGGUAGAAGAAAUUGCAAAAGGCAAUAUAUCUGAUAAAAUUAUGUAUAUUUAUACUUCUGGAACUACUGGAAUGCCUAAAGCAGCGGUCAUUAGCAAUACAAGGUUCAUGUUUAUGGUGAUCGGUGUUAAUAAGAUGUUAAAUAUCAGCAGCAAUGAUAUUAUUUAUGAUCCACUACCAUUGUAUCAUACUGCUGGCGGUAUGGUCGGAGUUGGACAAAUGCUACUGAGAGGUGCUACGGUCACACUUAAAAAAAAGUUUUCAGCUUCAAAUUUUUGGCCAGAUUGCAUCAAAUAUAACUGCACCGUCGCACAGUAUAUUGGAGAAAUGUGCAGGUAUUUAUUAGCAGUUCCAAAGAAACCAGAAGAUACAUCUCAUCAAGUACGUCUGAUUGUUGGCAAUGGGCUGAGACCUCAAAUUUGGGAGGACUUUCAGAGAAGAUUCAAUGUUAAACAAAUUGGUGAAUUUUAUGGAGCCACUGAGGGCAACUCGAACUUAGUGAAUAUUGAUUCUACGCCUGGUGCAGUAGGAUUUGUGCCGAGGUAUGCUGGUGCUUUCUAUCCUGUAGCCUUAAUCAAGUGUGAUGAAGAAACUGGUGAACCUAUUCGCAAUGCUGAAGGCUAUUGCACAAGAUGUCAACCUGGUGAAACAGGUGUUCUGGUUGGAAAGAUUAAUCCAAAAUUAGCUGCCAAUUCUUUUAGUGGUUACGCAGACGCUAAAGCGAGUGAAAAGAAAAUUUUGAGAGACGUUUUUCGCUCUGGGGACAUGUUCUUUAACUCUGGUGAUAUUUUAGUUAUCGAUAUGCUUGGUUACUUCUACUUCAAAGACAGAACUGGUGAUACAUAUAGGUGGAGAGGAGAAAAUGUUGCAACUUCAGAAGUGGAAGCAGUGAUUAGUAAAAUUGUUGGACUUAAAGAUUGCGUUGUUUAUGGAGUUGAGAUACCAAACUUGGAAGGUCGUGCAGGCAUGGCUGCUAUAGUCGACCCUGAUCAAAAAUUAGACAUGGAGGGACUAUGUAAAGGUCUUUUGGCGUCUCUACCUGCCUAUGCCAGACCUUUAUUCAUACGAGUUAUGUCUGAGAUGCCAAUGACAGGCACAUUUAAACUUAAAAAAAGGGACCUCCAAAUUGAAAAUUAUAAUGUAGAUCGAAUACGAGAUAUAGUUUAUUAUGUAGAUUCAUCUGGUAGAUAUCAAACAGUCACAAAGGCCUUAUAUGAUGAUAUAAUUAAUGGAAAAAUAAGGUUAUGAAUUAAAUCGGUUGUUAUAAUGAUGUAUAUAAAAGCAAUAAGUAAUAUAAGUUAAUGACAAUAUAUGUAAAAUU